GUUCAGCCAAUCGCGCGGCGGGUGGGCGGCGGAGCCAAGAUGGAGGAGUACGCGCGUGAGCCCUGCCCCUGGAGGAUAGUAGAUGAUUGUGGAGGGGCUUUCACCAUGGGAGCAAUAGGUGGUGGCAUCUUCCAAGCUAUCAAGGGGUUCAGAAAUUCCCCAGCGGGUGUCAACCACCGCCUGCGGGGAAGCCUGACAGCAAUUAAAACUAGAGCUCCUCAGCUGGGAGGUAGUUUUGCUGUCUGGGGAGGUCUCUUCUCCAUGAUUGACUGCAGUAUGGUCAGAAUGAGAGGGAAAGAAGAUCCAUGGAAUUCAAUCACAAGCGGAGCCCUGACUGGUGCCAUUUUAGCUGCCAGAAAUGGACCUGUUGCCAUGGUUGGAUCCGCUGCAAUGGGAGGAAUUCUCCUGGCUUUAAUUGAAGGAGCUGGUAUUCUCUUAACAAGAUUUGCCUCCACACAGUUCCCAAACGGCCCUCAGUUUUCCGAGGACCCAUCCCAGCUGCAGCCCUCUCCGUUUGGCGAGUACCGACAGUACCAGUGAUCUCCCUUCCUCUCCUCAUUCGCACUGCUCCUGAACUGUGACUCCAAGUGCUGGAGGACUGGAGUGCGUUGUGUCUUUACACCAGUGGUAUCUCCUAUGCCAAGAAGACCUCCAGCACUUUCCAAGGUAAAACCGCACAGGAGAACCUCUAGAAGAUGACAAAUCUAUUUAUUCCUGAUAGAUUCCAUUGCUGUAGUGUUAACACGUGUCUGACAGAAUACAUGGAGAUUUAAGACAAGGACCGCAUGGAGUUUUGUCAUCCUUUGGAUGUGGACUGAUGUGAAAGUCUUUGGAGUCUGCUCUGGGAUGUGACAUUGACCAUCCACAGUGCACACGGCUAGAAUUUAGCCUCUUCCGUAUUGGAUUGAGGUUGCUGCACAUAUUUCAGCUUAAGGAAAAGAAUCCAUCUACACACAGCUUUGCAUUCCUAAAGUGAAUGUUAUUGGGAGAAUGUGCAAACCAGUGAAAAUCGCUUCCAGCAAUGUGUAUUCCACUGCUGUGUAUUGUUUCCUAAGCUGCCGCCACACAGCCCAGCUUGUUUGGUUAAAGCAGAAGCUACCUUUUGUGGAUCCACCGGCUGCAGUGUCCCUCCACCUUCCCCCAGACCCACAAGGUUUGAUCUCCUUUUAGCAAGGUGACAGCAAGCAGGUUCUCCACUCCUGCUGCUGCUUGCGGUGGCUCUUGGACCAGGCUAGGAAGAGGCCACCUCACCCUUCCCUCCCAGACAUACAGCAGGAUGUGUAGGGGCCCUGAAGAAAACCACACAGGCUCCUAGGGCAGGAGGGGCAGUGCACUGCAUGCCUGCUGCCAGCCCAGCUCUUCCUUUUCACUUGGGAUCCAAUCCUAAUCACAAUUGCCACCUCUGCUCUGGUUUUUGUUCUUAAACUUCAGUUGUGGAGGCUGGUUUCCUUUUGCCAGCAGUUGAAAACCUCACUGGGUGUGGUGUUUUGUUAUUAAUGCUAUUGCUUGCUGGCAGUUCCUGGUAGAAUACCAUAUUUAAAAAGGCUUGGGUAUUGUUCUCUGAGCCACUUCCUGGCUUUUUCCGCUGCUGGGGAGGAGCUUGGUCUCUGCCCUUUGUCAGGAAACUAAGUCAGACCCACAAAGGAGGGGAGAGUGAAAAUAACAUGGAAGCGGUUACAGUAAUGGUUGACAAAUGGGGGCAAACUUUGGUUUUGACCGUGGAUUGGCUUGCGCAGCACCACACUUGCUGACAGAGUGUCCUCAAGGGGCAAAAGGAUGUUUCCCAAGACGCUAGCAGGGCUCAUCAAUAGAGCUUUAAACUAGAUGUGAGGGAGGAGGGGAACAAAAACGGGUUUGAUUGAAAAAAGCCUGGGAAUGGCACUCCAGUGUCUGAGGGAUGCUGUGCCAGUGAGGCCCUUUGCUCUGCCACCUCGGGGGAAGUUGGGGAGAGCACUCCAAGUGGCAGCAAAGAUGCAAAGGUUAUUGAUGGGUUAAAAGUGACUAGUUAGUGACUGGUUAGUUGUAGUCACUUAGGAAUUAAGACUAUUCCCCCCAGCAGCGUGGCAGGAUCAACAGCUCAGCUGAAGUGCAUCUUCGCCAGUGCAUGCAGCAUAGGCAACAAACUAGAAGUCAUUGUAUGGCAAGAAAACUAUGCUGUAAUUGCCAUGACAGAAACGUGGUGGGAUGACUCGCAUCACUGGAGUGCGGUAUGGCUGGCUAUAAACUCUUCAGGCAAGGAAGGAGAGGCGUUGGGGUAGUUGGUGUUUUUUGAGUGCCUUGAGCUCAAUGACAGUAAUGACAAGGUUGAGUGACUAUAGGUAAAAAUCAGUGGAACGCCCAAUAAGGCAGAUAUCAUCAUGGGAGUCUGCUAUAGACCACCCAGCCAGGGAGAUGAGAUAUUCUACAAGCAACUGGGAGAAGUCUCACGAUCAUUAUCCGUUGUCUUUGUGGGAGACUUCAGCUUACCAGAUGUCUGCUGGAGGUAUAAUACAGCAGAGAGGAAGACCUGAGACCAGUUCCAGCCCACAGCAAUCACGACCACAGGCAGACCGUGUGGGAAUAAAGCUAAAUCUGGGGAGAAAUGGGAACCCUAAAGCUUUCUGAAUACCUCCCUCCCCGUAGGCUGAGAAUAAGGCAGUUUUUCUUUAAAAGCAAAGUCAGUGGACAUGCAGCACGCAGAGGGGCAGCACACUUUUCAUCAGAGAGGAAUGCAGCAAGGAUACCUUGGCCUGUGAAGGGGGGAUGGGAUGUUUGGAGACAGAUGUAGCCUGCCCCUGCCCUGGUACCCAAGGGCAACUGCCCAAUUAUUUUCCAAGAUGAUAAACUGCAGCUGCUGGUCUGGCAGUCCUGCCCCCCAGAUGACCUGUACUCAUUAUAUCAUUGUAAUAUCAUUAUAAUACUGAAACACACCUCCACACCAAAGGCAUCCCACUGUCUCCCUGCCUCUGAGGCAAACCACUCCCAUAGCCACUGCUACUGGGCACGCACAGUUUAGGUUUGGCGUGUGAAGCAAGAACUUUUUCACCACAAUCAGUAGGGUUUGAUGUCAUGACUUCAGGCACUUGAGCCUUACCUAAACCUCUGCCCCAAAGAUGCAAGUGAUCAUAAAAUUGAAAACAAAAGGGGAAAGUUUACUGGGGGGGAAACAUCAUUGAAAUUUAGGAUCAACUGAUAGGUUGGAUCCCCAUCUCCCCCUACAUCGGGACACUAUUUGGGGUAAGACCUUUGUGUUAUGUGCACUAAAUAUAUAUCUUAACAUCAAGCUAAUUAUUAGUAUCUCUAUACACUGACCUUAACUACAUAUUCCUUACCUCCCUAUUGCUCCUAUCUGUGCUCAGGUGCUUGACUUUCCAUGUAUUUUCGCAAACAUCAUCUUGUCCCCAGCCACCACCGAACCCUUAUUCAAUCACAAUUUUAUAGAAUUGUUAUAAUAAAAAUGACUUGUUCGCAUAUAGACAA